AUGAUUGGCCUGGAUCCUCAGAUCAACUGCCGGCGCGUGAGGGACAGCCAGGCCAACGUGCUGGAGGGCGUGCUGAGUCAGCCCCAGUUCGGGGCCAUCCUGGCCGCAGAGGCGGCGCUGCAGGUUGCCAUAGUGGAGCUGGGCGGCCGCGCCUUCAGCACCGUGCCACUCAGCGCCACGCAGUGGGCCGCCUGCAUCGCCAUGGGCGCCACCUCCCUCCUAGUGCGCGCCGGGCUGCGCCUCGUGCCAGUUGGCAGCGGCGGCGGCGGCGGCCGCGUCGGCGCGCGAGCGUGA